CUUAUGUGGGCUCUUACGUUCCCAACUUACCUGGGGUGUUUUUCUUUCUUUGUUCAAAUCUGUAAUUUAAUAGUCUGAACUCUGAGGGACGCUGUUGGUCAGUGUGUUGCUGUUUUAGAGCAGAUUUGGAGCAGCACCUCCCCCAUUAUCUCGAUAUAUUAGAGAGGAAAGAGUCGCACGCAGAGCACCAAGUCCAGGUUACCGGAGAACACUAAGUACGGAGACAACGAGCUGCGAUUCUUUUGUUCAGGCGAGACGAUUUUUGGACACAUUGUGCUUUGUUUAUCAGCACUGAAACCAAACUGAAUAUUGCAGUCUGUUUUACGGAUUAUAACCUGCUUGUUGUUUCAUGGUGAAGGGGAAAAUGUCGGACAGAACAAUGGCACGGCAAGUACUGUUGUUUAUCUCGGUCCUCUCUCUCAGUUCAGUGCACGGGCAGGUCAGUUACUCCAUUCUGGAGGAAAUGGCGAAAGGCUCUUUAGUCGGUAACAUAGCGCAGGAUUUGGGUUUAGAUAUCAAAAGACUGAAAUCAGGUAAAGCUCGUAUUUAUACUGGAGACAGCGCAGAAUACAUCGAGCUGAAUAAAGAAAGGGGAGUUCUCCUUAUCAAAGAGAGAAUAGACCGUGAAGCUCUCUGCGGACAGACUACACCUUGUGCACUGCAUUUUCAGAUUAUUCUGGAGAAUCCAAUGGAAUUUUACAGCAUCACAGUUGAAAUAACGGAUACCAAUGAUAAUGCUCCGGUUUUUAAAAGGAAUGCAAUGACAUUUGAAAUAAGCGAGUCUGCUUUAACGGGUGCUAGAUUCGUCUUGGAGAGAGCGAUUGAUAAUGACGUAGGUAUAAAUGGCCUUCAAAGCUACUACCUUAGACCCACUGAUCAUUUUAUUUUAAAACCGAAUAGUAAAAUUGGUAGUAGUAAAAACGUAGAGAUGGUUUUACAGAAACCUCUAGACCGAGAGAAACAGGAUCAGAUAUCGCUGACAUUAACAGCGUUAGAUGGAGGAGAGCCCCAGCUAUCAGGAACAAUGCAGAUAAUCAUCACUGUACUUGACGCCAAUGAUAACGCACCUGUUUGUGCCGAGGCAGAGUAUACGGCCAGUAUAUCAGAAGUUGCUCCUAAAGGCACCGUUUUAACCACAAUCAGUGCAUCUGAUGCUGAUCAAGGUCCUAACGGAAGGGUUACAUACUCUAUAUCGAAUACUGCUGAGGGUGCUGCUGAACUAUUUGAGGUAGACGAAACAUAUGGCGUUAUGAGAUUAAUUGGGAAUAUUGAUUAUGAAAAAAUGAAACAUUAUGAGGUAGACGUUCAGGCUACAGACCAGGGAGGACACUCUGACGCGUGCAAAGUGAUUAUUGAAGUAAUGGAUACGAAUGAUAACAAACCAUCCAUUAAUACCAUGUCAAAGACAAAUAGUAUAUCUGAGGAUGCUACACCUGGGACUGUAGUAACAAUGAUGAAUAUUCAAGACCCUGAUUCUGGUGAAAAUGGCAGGGUGCAGUGCUCUAUGAACGAAAACAUUCCUUUUGCGAUGAAAUCAACAUCGAAUUAUUUCUUUACUGUAGUAACUGACAGUGACUUGGACCGAGAGAGAGACUCUGAGUACAACAUCAGUGUGACGUGCUCUGAUGAGGGCGUGCCCUCGCUCUCCAGCAGCGUCACUCUCACCUUACAGAUAUCAGAUGUGAACGACAACGCGCCUGUCUUUGAGAGGAGCUCAUAUGAGGCCUACAUUAUAGAAAACAACACACCGGGCCUCUCUAUAUUCACAGUGAAAGCCAGAGACGCUGACUGGAACCAGAAUGCCCGUGUUUCCUACAUACUGGAGGACUCCUCGGUUAACGGAGUGCCCGUCUCCUCAUAUGUGUCCGUUAGUGCUGAUAGUGGAGUCAUACAUGCAGUGCGCUCUUUUGACUACGAGCAGAUCAAGGAUUUCCAGUUCCGCGUAAAAGCGCAGGAUGGAGGCUCCCCUCCUCUCAGUAGCAAUGUGACUGUGAAAAUAAUGAUCCAGGACCAGAACGACAACGCGCCUCAGGUUCUGUAUCCAGUCCAGACUAGCAGCUCUCUGGUGGCUGAAAUGGUACCUCGUUCAGCAGAUGUGGGCUAUCUUGUUACUAAAGUGGUGGCUGUUGAUGUGGACUCUGGACAGAAUGCCUGGCUCUCGUAUAAACUGCAGAAAGCGACAGACAGGGCGCUGUUUGAAGUGGGUUCACAGAAUGGAGAAAUAAGAACUGUACGCCAAGUCAAUGAUAAAGAUGCUGUGAAACAAAGGCUCACUGUUGUAGUGGAGGACAACGGGCAGCCCUCUCGUUCAGCUACAGUCAAUGUUAACGUGGCGGUGGCGGACAGCUUCCCUGAAGUGCUCUCGGAGUUCACUGACUUUACGCACGACAAGGAAUACAAUGACAACCUGACUUUUUACUUAGUCUUGGCUUUGGCUGUAGUCUCAUUUCUGUUCAUCACAUGUUUAGUGGUUAUUAUAUCAGUGAAAAUAUACAGAUGGAGACAGUCUCGCAUCCUCUAUCAUUCCAACCUCCCGGUUAUUCCGUAUUAUCCACCGCGUUACGCAGACACUUUGGGGACAGGAACUCUACAGCACGUGUACAAUUACGAGGUGUGCAGGACGACUGACUCCAGAAAGAGUGACUGUCAGUUCACCAGACCCUAUAGUCAGAACGUACUGAUAAUGGACCCCAGUUCUACAGGGACGAUGCAGCGGAUGCAGAGCGAAAAGAACAUCCUGGAUGAACCAGACUCCCCAACAGAGGUCUGUUAUUUUUGA